AUGGAUGACUCCGAAUUCGAGGGCAAAGAUUAUGUUUUGUGCCAUGAACACCGGAAGCGAGCAGAAAGACUUGUUGCUUUCGAGGGCAUCCAUACUGGCAGGAGGUUCCUUGCCUGUGCUGUGAAGGAUGGUAAAAACUGUGGACUAGUUGAAUGGGUUGAUCCAUCUUGGCCAGCUACAAUGGAGAAUGCACUGUCCAAAUUGUGGGAUAUGUAUGAAGAGUCCAAGAGAAACAGGACUGAGGACAACCUGAUGAACUCAUUUGCUGUUCACAAUCUGACACAAGAGAAGAUCAAGCUGCAGGCCAGUUAUGACAAGUUGGUUGGAGAUGUUCAAGCCAUUUUGGAUGAGAAUGAGAGGAGGGCCCAGAUGGAAAGGAAGCCUGAUGAGAGCAAGCUCCAGGAGAAGUAUGACAUGGUUAAGAACCUGACAGUAUCUCAAGCCAGUGUCAUUAGGAACAUGAAGUUGAAGCUUGUUGAAGAGAAGACUAAGUUGCAGGCCCAUAUUGAUGAGAUUGAGAAGGUUAUGGAGCAGACCAAGGACAAGCUGAAUGGGAUCAAGGCAAUCUUAGAUGAAUGA